AUGCCUAAGGGAGGAGGAAAAAGGCAGGGGGGAGUUGAAGAUGAAGGGGGGGGAUCUGAUGGGGGGGGGGAAAAGUCUUCCGAUGGGGAGUUUGUGGCCUUUUAUGGAGACCAUAGGACAGGAGACGAGGAUAUAUUGGAGGAAGUCAGGAAAGAUAGCAGAAAGGAUAAGAGGGAGGGGAGGAAUCUGGAAAAGGUUGCCUCGAGGAGUACUGCCCGUGCGGGUAUUACUCUAGAGGAAAUUUUGGGUACAGAAUCCAUACCCUCCAUGUCGGAGUCUGAGCUGGUCGCGACGAAGCGACUUUUUUCGGAGCUUUCCGGCUCCGACACGGAAGGUGCUGGCGCGGGGUCUGACAAGACUGUUAAGCCCCAAGUUGCCAAGCGAGGAAAGUCUCGCAGCUCGACAAGCAGGCUCUCUGCUGCUCGUCAGGACCUGCGAGAAAGGACCAAGGAGGCCAAGGAGGCAGAUUUUCUGUCCUCCCUUGAUGGGAGGUCCUUCAGAAAAGAGGUGACGGAGCUGGCGGAAUCUCCUCCGCCGGGGCCCCUUGACAUUGAUGUUGAGGCGAUGGGACCAGAGGACUUGUUGCAGGCUGCCGAGAAGAAUCUCCAGGAGAUUGUCGGCAUUGCAAACAAGUCCUCCAAUUUGAAGGGUGGCUAUGCUAAUAAAAUAAGGCGGGCCACAUCAGCUGUGAGGUUGGUUUUAGACGCGCUUGGGGCGCGUACUGAAGCAGAGGAGACUCGCCGUCUCAAAGCCGAUAAUAAUCGGCUCCAAAGAGAAUUGGCGAAUCUUCGGGAGGAAGUGCGCGCCUACAAGCGCGAAUUUGAGGAAAGCCGGACUGAGGCGGCGAAAGAGAAGCGCUCUCCGAUGUCCAGUGAACAGUUGGGCGUCCUAGAGAGGAAUGUUGCUCGUUUGGUGGGCAACUUGGUGGACAAGCGUUUGGCGGCUUUGGAAGAGCGUUUGCCUCCUCUUGCCCCCAUCCGUCCACCCCUAGCAGCUGACAGAAGAAGGGCAGCUGCCCAGGAGAAGGGCCCUGCUCAUGUCGCCAGUUCGGCUCCGGUUGUUUUACCGUCUCAGGAUCUCUCACCGGUGGUCUCUACACCGGUGACACGCCGUGUGGAACGGGAGGAAUUUCCAGCACUCCCGGUGCGUCCGGAAGUGCGUUCGGCCCCUGCCCCUAAAAAGGUUAAGGGGAAGGCUAAAGGGUCGAAGUCCCGGGAGCGAACAGAAGCUGGUUCGUCGGCCUCGGCAUCGGCUGUCACUGCGUCAUCGGGUGCCCUGAUUGACGCACCAGCACCAAUAGCAGUGACAGCGAAUCCCACGGAGGAAUCCUCGGCCGGAUGGACAGAGGUUGUCCGCCGGAAGGCGCCAAAGAAGAAAGAACCAAUGGCAAAACCGGUGAAGAAGGCGCCUAAGGUCGUUAUGCCCCGGUCCACAGCCGUUGUGGUUAAACUUAAACCGGAGGCGAUCUGCAAUGGCUCGACGUACAGCUCUGUGUUGCAGAAGGCGGAGGUGUCCAUUAAGUUGGACGAGUUGGGCAUCGGCCCCCUCCGAAUAAGACAGGCUGCUACGGGAGCCAGGGUAAUAGAGAUUCCUGGCUCUACGAGCCAUGAUAAGGCGGAUUCAUUGGCGGCCCGUCUUGCUGAGGUCCUCGCAGAGGAGGUAGAGGUUUCCAGGCCCGUGAAAUGUGCUGAUUUUAAAAUCACGGGCCUGUCUGAUGCUGCGACGGUGGACUCUGUAAAGUCUGCCGUCGCGAGAGAGGGUGAGUGUCUCCCCACCCAGAUAUGGGUGGGAGAGAUCCAACGGGGAUUAGUGGGCACGGGCUUUGCUCGUAUGAGCUGCCCAGUGACUGCAGCUAAAAAGCUGGUGUCAUUGGGCAGCAUUGCUGUGGGGUGGAGCAAGGUUACGCUCCACCUCGUUAAUGCACGCCCCAAGCAUUGCUUCCGAUGCUUGGGGAUGGGUCACUUCGCUGCGUUGUGUCCCCCCUCAAUGAAAGACCGCAGCAAUCUGUGCUACCGCUGCGGUCAAUCCGGACACAACGCAUCUGGGUGUGUGGUAGCAAAACCGAAGUGUGCGGUCUGCUCGGAUGCAGGCCGCCCAGCGGAGCACGUGAUGGGGGGUAGAUCCUGCAACCCCCCACCGGUUCGUGGGAAAAUUCGCUCCUCCUUGAUAGAAGGGAGGGGAUUGGCGUCGCCUGAGGCCCAAAUGUCCGACUAA